GCUGGCGGCUGGGCCGGGCCUUCCCAGGAAGGGCAAGGGAAGGGGCCCGGCUGUUCUGACGUGUGCGUCUGGGAUUGGCAGCCUCUCCUCCAUAUAACCGACGGGAAGGUGCCUCGCCGUUUUCCCGGGAGCGCUUCGGGGCUUCUCCAGCAGGGCGAGCUGAGCAGGCACGGGCCGAACAGAAGCUGGCAGGCUGACAAACAGGCAGCUCACAGGACGGACUUUCUGGCUACUGACCAUUUAGCUGUGGCAUACCCGGAUUGCGUGUGGGUGGGAAAUCGACCAUGAGCUCCGUGGCAGUUUUGACCCAGGAAAGCUUUGCUGAACAUCGCAGCGGUCUUGCUCAACAGCAAGUGAAAGUUACAGCUUUAAAUGCUGAAGAAGAGAAUGAUCCUCCAACUUACAAGGAUGCCUUCCCCCCUCUCCCUGAGAAAGCAGCAUGCUUGGAGCCAGCCCAGGAACCUACUGGUGCCUGGAGCAAAAUCCGACCAAUCAAGGCUUCUGUUAUCACUCAGGUGUUCCAUGUGCCACUGGAAGAGAGAAAAUACAAGGACAUGAACCAAUUUGGAGAAGGGGAACAAGCUAAAAUCUGCUUGGACAUCAUGCAGAAGACAGGGGCUCACCUGGAAUUGUCUCUUGCAAAGGACCAGGGGCUCUCAAUCAUGGUCUCUGGCAAGCUAGAAGCAGUGAUGAAGGCUCGGAAGGAGAUUGUAGCUCGGCUUCAGACACAGGCUUCGGCAACAGUGCCUAUUCCUAAGGAACAUCAUCGCUUUGUGAUUGGUAAAAAUGGAGAGAAGUUGCAGGACCUUGAGCUCAAAACUGCCACUAAGAUCCAGAUCCCCCGCCCGGAUGACUCCAGCAACCAAAUCAAGAUCACUGGCACCAAGGAAGGGAUUGAGAAGGCUCGACAUGAGAUUCUGCUGAUUUCUGCUGAGCAGGAUAAACGUGCAGUAGAGAGGCUUGAGGUAGAGAAGGUAUACCAUCCUUUUAUUGCUGGCCCUUUCAACAAGCUGGUGAGUGAGAUCAUGCAGGAGACAGGGACUCGCAUCAACAUCCCACCUCCCAGUGUUAACCGGACAGAGAUAGUCUUCAUUGGAGAGAAGGAGCAGCUGGCCCAAGCUGUGGCUCGUGUCAAGAAGAUCUACGAGGAAAAGAAAAAGAAGACUACCACCAUUGCUGUGGAGGUGAAGAAGUCCCAACAUAAGUAUGUUAUAGGCCCCAAGGGGAAUUCCCUGCAGGAGAUCUUGGAGAAAACUGGAGUCUCGGUCGAGAUCCCACCCACUGACAGCAGCUCGGAGACUGUGAUACUGCGUGGUGAACCGGAAAAGCUUGGGCAGGCACUCACUGAAGUGUACGCCAAGGCCAACAGUUUCACAGUCUCCUCUGUCUCUGCCCCCUCUUGGCUUCAUCGUUUCAUCAUUGGCAAAAAAGGGCAAAACCUGGCCAAAAUCACUCAACAGAUGCCAAAGGUUCACAUAGAAUUCACAGAAGGGGAGGAUAAAAUCACUCUGGAGGGACCCACGGAGGAUGUGAAUGUGGCUCAAGAACAAAUUGAGAGCAUGGUCAAAGAUCUGAUCAACCGGAUGGAUUAUGCUGAAAUCAAUAUUGACCAUAAAUUCCACAGACAUCUCAUUGGAAAGAGUGGAGCCAACAUCAACAGGAUUAAGGAUCAAUACAAAGUAUCUGUGCGAAUCCCUCCAGACAAUGAGAAGAGCAACCUCAUCAGAAUUGAAGGAGACCCCCAGGGAGUUCAAGAGGCAAAGAGAGAGCUGUUGGAACUCGCAUCACGUAUGGAAAAUGAACGCACUAAGGACCUGAUAAUUGACCAGAAAUUCCAUAGAACUAUCAUUGGGCAGAAGGGUGAACGGAUUCGGGAAACCCGUGAUAAAUUUCCAGAGGUUAUUAUCAACUUUCCAGAUCCGUCACAUAAAAGUGACAUUGUCCAACUUAGGGGACCCAAAAAUGAGGUGGAAAAAUGCACAAAAUAUAUGCAGAAGAUGGUGGCGGAUCUGGUGGAAAACAGCUAUUCCAUUUCUGUUCCAAUCUUCAAACAAUUCCAUAAGAACAUAAUUGGCAAAGGAGGCGCAAAUAUCAAAAAGAUCCGUGAAGAAUGCAACACCAAGAUUGAUCUUCCAGCAGAGAACAGUAAUUCAGAGACUAUUGUCAUCACGGGGAAAAGAGCCAAUUGUGAAGCUGCUCGCAGCCGGAUUCUUUCUAUCCAAAAAGAGUUGGCUAACAUUGCAGAAGUGGAGGUCUCCAUUCCUUCCAAGCUGCAUAACUCACUCAUUGGUGCCAAAGGUCGUUUCAUCCGCUCCAUCAUGGAGGAAUGCGGUGGGGUUCACAUCCACUUCCCCACGGAAGGCUCUGGUAGCGAUACUGUCACCAUAAGGGGGCCAGCCCAGGAUGUCGAGAAGGCCAAGAAACAGCUUUUGCAAUUGGCAGAGGAGAAGCAAACAAAGAGUUAUACUGUAGAAUUGCGUGCCAGGCCGGAAUACCAUAAAUUCUUGAUUGGCAAAGGAGGUGGCAACAUUCGCAAAGUACGUGAUAAUACUGGUGCAAGGAUUAUCUUCCCCACUUCAGAGGACAAAGAUCAAGAGCUGAUUACCAUCAUGGGAACAGAGGAAGCUGUCAAAGAGGCCCAGAAGGAGCUGGAAGUGCUCAUCAAGAAUCUGGAUAAUGUAGUUGAAGAUUCCAUGACUGUGGAUCCCAGGCAUCACCGUCACUUUGUCAUCCGGAAAGGGCAGGUGCUACGGACCAUUGCAGAAGAGUAUGGGGGUGUGAUGGUCAGCUUUCCACGCCCUGGCACACAAAGUGACAAAGUUGCCCUUAAAGGAGCAAAGGAUUGUGUUGAGGCAGCAAAGAAACGCAUCUUGGAGAUUAUUGAUGACUUGGAAGCCCAAGUGACAAUUGAAUGCACCAUUCCUCAGAAGUAUCACCGCUCUAUUAUGGGCCCAAAAGGUUCCAGGAUUCAGCAGAUCACUCGAGAUUAUGGUGUUCAGAUCAAAUUCCCAGACCGGGAGGAGAAUGUUGCUCCCACAGCAGAGCUAGCAGUGCAGGAGGAUGGCAAAGAGAACGGUGAAGCAAAAGAAUGCAAGGAAACAGAUCCUGGUUCCCCAAAGAAGUGUGAUACCAUCAUCAUCUCUGGUCGUCAAGAAAAAUGUGAGGCAGCAAAAGAGGCCCUGCAGGCUCUUGUUCCAGUUACCAUUGAAGUGGAAGUUCCCUUUGAUCUUCAUCGUUUCAUCAUUGGUCAGAAGGGUGUUGGCAUCCGGAAGAUGAUGGACGAGUUUGAGGUCAACAUCCAAGUUCCUGCUCCAGAGCUUCAGUCCAACAUAAUCUCUAUAACUGGGCUUGCUACUAAUCUUGACCGUGCCAAAGCCAGGCUUCUGGAAAGAGUGAAGGAGCUGCAGGCUGAACAAGAAGAUCGGGCCUUGCGAAACUUUAAGUUGACUGUUACUGUGGAUCCCAGAUAUCACCCUAAAAUCAUUGGCAGGAAAGGUGCUGUAAUCACUCAAAUCCGCACAGAACAUGAUGUAACUAUACAGUUUCCAGACAAGGAUGAUGAAUCCCAGGCCCAGGAUCAGAUCACCAUCACUGGAUAUGAAAAGAAUGCUGAAGCUGCCCGAGAGGCUAUCAUGAAGAUUGUUGGAGAACUGGAGCAAAUGGUUUCUGAAGACAUCACUCUGGACCAUCGUGUUCAUGCCCGCAUUAUUGGGGCACGUGGGAAAGCUAUCCGCAAGAUCAUGGAUGAGUUCAAGGUGGAUAUCCGUUUCCCCCAGAGUGGGGCUGCUGAUCCAAACUGUGUGACUGUGACCGGGCUCCCUGACAACGUGGAGGAAGCUAUUGAUCAUAUCCUGAAUCUGGAGGAAGAAUAUCUGGCCGAUGUAGUUGACAACGAGGCAAUGCAAGUCUACAUGAAACCACCUGCUCAUGAAGAAGCUAAGGCUGCCUCAAAGGGAUUUGUUGUGAGAGAUGCCCCUUGGACAGCAGGAAACACUGAGAAGGCCCCUGACAUGAGCAGUUCUGAAGAUUUCCCAAGCUUUGGAGCUCAGGUGGCCCCAAAGACUCUGCCUUGGGGUCCCAAGCGGUAAUGACUUGGAAACAGCAAUCUUGUCCAGCCACCUGCCACAGGGUUUCCCUUUCUGAAUUCUGACCUGGUGGCUGGAUCUAGUGCAGAUUGCCCAAUGGGGGUCUCUUAAUGAAACUAGAGUGCUACCCCUCUUGAGGUUUUCUAAUGUCCUGUGCUUUAGGCCUCACUAUGCUUCAGUUUGACAUUUUCCUUUCUCCUUGCCCUGGAGGAAACUUCUCAUGUUGAAUCCAAACUAAAAUACAUUGUUUUUCUUCCAAAUUUCAAACUCUCACUUCAUGUUGGCCUUGCUGUAGUAGCCAGACCUCUGCAGAUACAUCUAUAAAGCACUCUAGCCUCCUUUAGGAGAUCUCCUUAUACUGCAGCUAGGAAUCUACUUCCUGUCUCUCAACCUCAGGAAAUGCAUUUCCUUGACUUUCUACAAAGCCAAAAUAUUUGCUCUUUCCCUUCCUGCUCUGUUUGUCCAAAGCCUUACCUUUGUAGAGUGCAAUCAUUUCCUCCUCUCAACUACCAUCCCUUUCUCAUCCCCCCAGUAUUGGCCAGAAUGGGUGGGAAACAUUGGAAGCCACCCCAAAAGCUCCGACAGGAUCGUGGCCUUGUCUGUGCUAGUCUGCAGCACAGAGCACACCAAAAUUCUUCAUUUAUCGGUGUGAGUUUUGAAUUGCAGCUUGUCACCAGUCUUCUCCCUCAUCACAUUCUUUUGUUCUUCCUUCCCAACAGUAGUAUGGCUAAGUGGAGCCAGAAAACUGACAGUAUUAUCGGGUCUCACAGAACUUGGUUGAACCAAAAGUGCCAUGGUAGCAUGCUGCAGAAAAGGGUGGGUGAAUUAGCUUAGAAUGAAGAGAGUACAUUUCCCACCUCCCCUGCCCCUACUUGAGUGUAAUGGCAUUUACAUACCAGGGUUAAAGAGUAUGUCUUUUGCUUUUUACUAUUGCCUUCUUUCUACCUCAAGCCAGUAUGACAGUGGCCUGCUUCUUCAGACAAAGCUCUUCUUGCUUCCUGUUAUCAUGACUAUUGUUCCUCUCCGAGGAGUGUCUCUGUGGCUUCAGCCAAGGUAUAUGGUAUCAAAUGUCCCUUCCCGCAAAGACGGUCUUAAUCACUGCCACGCAAUUUUGCCUGUACUCUUGUGACAAAGGUUAGGCCUUGGAGGGAGGCAGGUCGGUAACCAGUGGCACUCACUUAAAUCGAAGCAGCUGAUUGCAGUUUAGUCUUAAAAAUGAAGCCACUCCUGGGGAGGGGAGGGGAGGGGAAGGAGAGAACACUGAUUAUGAAGUGAUGAAUCUUUGGCCCUUUGUGUGUUUGGCCUUUUAACUGCCAGAAGCCCCAGCCAGCAUGGCCAAUGAUAAAAUUUGGGAGUCACCUGAAGGGCUAAAAGUUCCCUAACCUGAUCUACUACAUUCUUCAAAAGCUUUUUGUAGUCCUGCAGCAAGCGUUCUGUCCUGUUCUCUUAGGAGCGGUAAUUGCUGCUUUCUAGCUGUUGCCAUAAACUGAUACAAGGCUACUUGUAUUUUAUAGCUGCUCUUCCUGCCAUUACACAGUUUUCUGUCCUUUUCCUGCCGAAGGUGCUGGUGGCAGUGCUGGGUCUGGUGCCAAUUCUGCUCUCUGCUUCCCUUCCCACCCACCCCAGAGCUUUUCUGAGCCAUUAGCUAAGAUCCUAGCCCCAAGGUCAUUUAUGCCCCAGAAUGCAGACGGGGCAUAGGAUGAUAAAGUCCUUGUCUUUCGAGACCUUUUGUGCCCAAGAGAAAGGAAAAAGCCUCUUGCUUUUGCUAAGACUGGGUGAAGGGGCAGAAAUCAUUUCUCUAAGGCAAUUCCACCUGGGGCCAGGACAAGCCCUAUUGCCACCUGAGCAGGAGACUGAAACAGGGUAGUAGUGUGUAAUGUCUUGCCAGUGGUACCUGGUGUCCUGAAUGUCACACAUCACUUGCACAUGUGUUUUAGGCUUGAACUGCCAUUGAGCAUGGCUCUAACCCUGUCAUUUGUUCCAACUGUUGAGUGUACUCUACCCCUUUGUUGCCUGUAGCGUGCAGCAGAUGCUCUAUGGAGGUGUGCUCCAUGUCCUCUUAAUGUCUUCCAUAUUAUGUUUCCAUGGCAAUGAUCCCUUGGCCUUAACUUUGGAAUUUGGAGAUUAUAUGCAAAACAUGUAUAAAGGCUCAUGAGUAUGGAUGACACUGGAAUUUUAUAAAUUCUAAAAAAUAAAACCUGAAACAGC